AUGACUUUAUAUGAUUACGAUUACACUUUGCACCUUCUACAAGACGUCAUCAAGCAGUUAGGGGAUAAUGGAUCGAGGUCUGAUAGGAUGUUUACGGAUAUAAUAGUCACCAUUUAUGUUAUUCUGGUGCUGGGUCAAUCCUUGCGACUGAGUCGGCAUCAAUGGGCAGAAACAGCAGACUACCCUGUCCCUCUGAAAGCUGUGUAUAUUUGUCUGACUUACCAUAGAACAUUUGAACGUGGAUUAUUAUUAGAAGAGGCCAUAGGAUACCUCGCUGAAACAAAAGCUUCAGGAGUCAAGAAAAUACAUUUGGAUCUGUGUGUUGCAGUGGUGCACCUCUUUAGAAAUUGCCCCACAACCAUUUUUAGAUAUGAAGACCAUGAGGAAGUUCAGUGUAGUCGUUGGAGGUCAUAUAGUUUAUGUGGAUUUCUUAGGAAUUGCAGCAAACACUCUACGUGUAUUAACUAUCAGUGUGUAUGUGAUGAGGGCUACUACCAGAUAGACUCUUCCUGUCGUAAAGUGCAGUUACAGCCAGUGAUGGGGACCUGCAGAGAAGCAGGGCAAGCAGUAUGGUUGUGUGAUGUCAACAAACAUUCUGUAUGCAUAAAUAACAUUUGUGUUUGUGCAAAGGGUUACGUCCCAACCUCAGAUGGAUUAUGUGAGCCACAGGAAUUGUACAGGAAGAAUUAUGGUCUCUCUGGUGAAAAUUAUCGUGUCAAACCUGGGAAUACUGCAUAGAAUCUGCAGAUGUAUGAAGGACAGGAGUGUGAGAGAUUUAAAUGCAGGUGUCCCAUUGCUUGUAGGCAUGACCAAAGAAAAGAUGUUUGUGACUGUGGGAAGGUUGAAUCACAGAUAGGACCAAUUAUUCUUGGGAUUUUUCUUGGCUUGUUUGUCAUUUUAUUUGGUGCUACACAAGAAAAUGAUGAGACAGUUUUCGUCUCCACAGCAAAUGACAACGAGUAUGUGCCACCUUCAUUGCACUCUCACCAGUCCAUUACCUUCCAUCACAAACUGAAACAACGGGUUGAUGGCCACUGCAUCACUGCCAGCAGAAACAAGCUGGGCACUCCUAUUCCAGAAGGACCACUGGCACCUUUGCAAACCUAUUCCAUAAAUCCCCCAACAGCACCAAAUGACCCUCAGCACCACAUCCGGUAG